UCAGGUUACUUAGGGAAGAGUUUGCAGACCUGCCGAGCGUGUGUCCGUCCCUCUCUGUGCGUCUGUGCCCGCAGCGCUGUGAGGAGACAAGCAGCCGCAGCGAUCGGAUUGGGCAGCCGCUGCCUUGACACAAGCCGCGCUGUGCCGCCGCCGAGUGCCGCCGCUGAGUGCUUCAGGACGUGUUGCAACAGAUGGUUGGGGUUACACUGUGUCAUCACGUUGGAGUGGGGAUUAGAUGAGGAAGGGCGCUUUGCUGGAGCUGUGUGGUCCGCUGUCCCGCAAGGGAGAAACUUAUCAGAAGAAACCUUUCCAGUUGUGUGAAAAUAGGAAAAAAGUGGGUGCCCCCUGUCCAUGAGGUAUAUUCUGCUUUGGACCCUGCUGUUCUGCUUCAAGGAUGUUCUAAAACCAAAUCUAAGUACAUUUUUCCCAGUCUAUCUAUAAACAGAGCAAGUUAUCCGGCAUCAUCUGGUUACAUAGAAGCAACUGCAUGUGCUAAAAUGAAGUUUUUGAGCUUUGCGCUUGUCUUUAUCCUACUGCAAAUGGAGAUUCCUGUGGGCCUUGGCUCUUCACUCAAAGCCAAAUUCAGAGGGCGAGUACAACCCGACAGAAGGAAUAUCAGGCCCAAUAUUAUUCUUGUUUUGACUGAUGACCAAGAUGUGGAGUUAGGUUCGUUGCAGGUGAUGAACAAGACAAGAAGGAUCAUGGAAGAAGGAGGAGCUUCAUUCAUCAAUGCUUUUGUGACCACGCCCAUGUGCUGUCCUUCACGCUCUUCAAUGCUAACAGGGAAAUACGUUCACAACCACAAUAUAUACACAAACAAUGAGAACUGCUCUUCUCCGUCCUGGCAAGCCAUCCAUGAGCCUCGCACAUUUGCUGUAUAUCUCAAUAACACGGGCUACAGGACAGCUUUUUUCGGAAAAUACCUCAAUGAGUAUAAUGGAAGCUACAUCCCUCCUGGGUGGCGGGAAUGGCUUGGACUUGUGAAGAACUCUCGCUUUUAUAAUUAUACCAUGUGCAGGAAUGGCUUUAAGGAAAAACACGGAUUUGAAUAUGAAAAGGACUACUUCACAGACUUGAUUACCAAUGACAGUAUUAGCUACUUUAAAUUAUCAAAGAAACUGUACCCUCACCGUCCCAUAAUGAUGGUUAUUAGUCAUGCAGCUCCUCAUGGACCAGAAGAUUCCGCUCCGCAGUUUUCAGAGUUUUUUCCAAAUGCUUCGCAACACAUAACUCCGAGCUAUAACUAUGCACCCAAUAUGGACAAACACUGGAUCAUGCAGUAUACAGGCGCCAUGCUUCCCAUACACAUGGAGUUUACCAAUGUGCUUCAUAGAAAGAGGCUACAGACUCUCUUAUCAGUUGAUGACUCUAUGGAAAAGUUGUAUAAUAUGCUGGUGGACACUGGUGAAGUGGAAAACACUUACCUCAUCUACACAUCGGAUCAUGGCUAUCACAUAGGACAGUUUGGACUGGUCAAAGGGAAAUCAAUGCCAUAUGACUUUGAUAUUCGUGUUCCUUUCUUUGUUCGCGGCCCUAAUGUGGAACCAGGAUCAAUAGUGCAUCAGAUUGUCUUGAAUUUAGAUAUCGCACCAACUAUUCUGGAUAUAGCUGGGUUGGACACACCUCCUGAUAUGGAUGGAAAGUCUGUUCUACCUUUGCUGGACAUUGAAAGACCUGGAAACAGGCUACGCACCAAUAAGAAGAACAAAAUUUGGCGAGAUACGUUCCUUGUGGAAAGAGGAAAAUUUCUGCGAAAGAAGGAGGAGCCAAGCAAAAGCAGCCCACAGUCCAAUCACUUGCCAAAAUAUGAGCGAGUGAAGGAGCUCUGCCAACAGGCCAGAUACCAGACUGCAUGUGAGCAGCCAGGACAGAAAUGGCAGUGCAUUGAAGAUAUGUCUGGGAAGCUUCGCAUUCAUAAAUGUAAAGGGUCCGCUGACACCAUUUCCCUAAAGAAGAGGACACGAAGCAUAAACUCAAAGGGCUAUGGAAGCAAGCAUAAAGAGUGUGUAUGUGGGGACGCAGAUUACAAAUCCAGCAGAAGUCAAAAGAAGAAACAGAGACUUUUCAUGAGAACUCCCGGUGUUAAAAAAUUUAAUCCUCGGUUUGUCCACACUCGGCACACACGCUCACUGUCCGUUGAAUUUGAAGGUGAAAUUUAUGACAUAAAUCUAGAAGAUGAAGAGGACCACCAGGCUUCCCAGCUCAGGAGUCUCACUAAGAGGCACUAUAUUUCUGAAGAGGAAGUUGGCGAUGAAGAUGAUGAUGAUGACAAUGAAGAAGAUGAGGAAGAUGAGGAGUAUAUGACCACUGUUCCGGAUGAAGAUGAGAUGAUGUUAGCUGAUGGGGUAAUUAGCGCAAGCCAAUCUUCAUCUGUCAGAGUCACACAUAAGUGUUAUAUCCUUGCCAACGACACUGUACAUUGUGAGAGAGAAUUGUAUCACUCAACCAAAGCCUGGAAGGAUCACAAAGCUUACAUUGAUAAAGAGAUUGAAGCUCUUCAAGAUAAAAUAAAGAAUUUAAGGGAAGUAAGAGGACAUCUGAAAAGGAGAAAACCUGAUGAGUGUGACUGCAGUAAGCCUGGGUUUUACAAGAAAGAAAAAGGAGUGAAAGUGCAAGAUAGGCUGAAAGGCCACAUGCACCCAUUUAAGGAAGGUGUGCAAGAAGUAGACAGUAAAUUUCAGAUCUUUAAAGAGAACCGCAAGAAGAAAAAAGAGAAGAAAGAGAAGAAACGUCAAAGAAAGGGAGAAGAGUGCAGCCUACCUGGACUUACUUGCUUCACUCAUGAUAAGAACCACUGGCAGACAGCACCAUUCUGGAAUUUGGGAUCAUUCUGUGCCUGUACGAGCUCCAAUAACAAUACAUACUGGUGCUUGAGAACCAUCAACGAGACUCACAAUUUCCUGUUUUGUGAAUUUGCCACCGGCUUUUUGGAGUACUUUGAUAUGAACACUGAUCCGUAUCAGCUAACAAAUGCCGUGCACACCGUUGAAAGAGGAGUUCUGAAUCAGCUUCACAUACAGUUAAUGGAAUUGAGAAGCUGUCAAGGUCACAAGCAAUGCAACCUACGGCCCAAAGGCUUAGAAGCAGGGGACAUCUAUGGGACAGAUGGGAGGGCUAACUUGCCAAAUUUCACAGAGGAUGUCGACUGGAAAGGACUGGAAGAUUUGUACAGCUUAAAUGAGACUUUCUAUGGAUACAGAAACAACUAUAGACUUAGUCUGGAUGACUGGGCUACUUACUUGAAGGAUGUAGAUAGAGUUUUUGCACUGCUGAACAGUAACUCUAAACAAACUAGAAGAAAUGAGACUUUGGUUGCUCAACCUGAUGGUUCCUCCAACACAUCGCUAUAUGAAAUGGCCUCUGCAGAGUCUGAAGAAGAAUUCAGUGGUGCAGCUGCAGAAGAAAGUGAACCCGUUAUGGAAACAAACCUUAGUACUUUGAAUAUGAGCAUAGAGUUAUUUAAUAACGAGAAAAAACUUGAAACAAUCAAUGAUUUUCCUGAGCAGACAGAUUUGAACCAGCCACUCUGGAGCAACAGAGACACAGAAAGGUCAACGUAUGUAGCUCCCGACCCCUAUGAAGUGGAGUUUAGUGGCAAUGGACUAACAGAGAUAGAAUCCAAAAACACUUUUCAUCAUCAAACAAAUAUUUAUCUCCCAAAAGAGCAUCAGCAAGAAAAGAGUCUCAUGGGUGGAGACAUUUUUGAAGAUCAGGUAUAUCUUCCCAUUGACUCAGUGCAACAUGUAGCUUUGCCUGCACGACAGCCAGACAACUCUAAAAUACUGGAAACAACAAAGAACAUAUCUCAGUUGGAUUAUUCAGAGAUCUCCAAGGACAAUAUAGAAGGCAGUGCCUUAUCCCCACUUUUGUCUGAUUAGAACAUUUUUCAGAGUUUAGCGAGCAUUAGCAACAUCACCUUGGGCACUUGACAUUCCAGGUUAAUUUCAGACCAUUCAACGUUUUAUUCCCCAGUGUUAUUGUUUCUAUGGCAUGGCUUGUGGGACACACCAACACCAUUCACUUCCGGUUUCCUUCACCAAAUAGGUUGGCUUGUUGGCUAUUUUUGCUCCUACUAAAUAUAUGUAUUUGUGUUCUUUUUCUAACCACUGGAAUUUCACCAUCACCAUUAAGUCAAUUGUUUAUUGCACUUUCAGAAAACAUUUAGCACCAUAUUUACCCCACAAUUUCAUCUUCUCUAUUUUGGUGGCAUAGACGUAGCAAAGGCACAUUGUGGAAAUAACUUUUUUAAUUUUAAAACCAUGUUUGAACAUCACACCUGAACUUACCUUUGUUGUAAAGGCAAAAAUGACCCCCCAACCCCAUUGGAAAGAUUGCCCAAGAAAAGCCGCAGGGAAAUGUUCUGUGUGUCUCCGGUUGCACUUACACAAUGAAUGUUGCAUAGAAAGAGCAGCUUGGUGCGUUACUUCUAUUUUUGUUCUACGGAUAAACGUCUUGUUAAACCAGUGUGGCACAUAUUGUAGCUCUAGCUUCACACCAUCUUAUAAAUAAACACAUAACGGCACAGUCACCUCCCAAGGGAAAACGCGGUUCCUUCAGUCCGAGUGGAACUUAUGUCUUGUUCUUGUCAAUCAGCAUGUUGUCUGAGCAUUUUUAUGAUCAAGGCGUUUGUCCUUCAUCGUUACGCCUGUGGGGUUUGAGCUUAGUAAGUAGCAGCUGAGUUCAAACCUCGCCGUUUUCUGACUCCUACUCUGUAUAAUGUACUCCGAGGGCAGCGGCUGCAAUACCCCGCAGGCCCCUGGGGCCAAACAGAGUAUAUAACUUAUAGGGCAAUCCUUAUACCGGGGAUGGCAAACUCACAGCCUCUGCCAUGCCUCUCUCACAUACAUGCUUUAUGUACAUAUGUUUAAAUAAACAGACUUGUGGCUGUACACAUACAAGUGCGAGAUGACAGAACAAACUAUUUAUGGUUAUGAAUGAUGCUUUUUUUUUUCCUUUUGUAAAUAGUUUUAAAAAUGCUUAGUUUUCCGUUUUUGUGUUUUUGGUUUUUUUUUUUUAAUCAUGUAUAGAAUUCUGUUAUACUUUUAUAGAACAAUUCUGACUUCAGGAAAGUCAUGAAGCAAGAUUUCUUUAAAUAAAAAAUGUGUUUUAAUUUUAAAAAAAAAUACCAAGAUU